AUGGGGUUCGAGAUAUUGAUUGCGGUGGAUAGAUGGGUGGUCACCGGUGAAGUCCACCGCGAUGUGGUGGUGGAGAGAAGAAACCACCGCCGCCCUCCUUGCUGUUGUCCCUCACGCCGCCGGCCAACCACCUCAGACGCUCCUCCUCCGUCGCGUGCAACCUUCCUCGCCGGUAACUUCUUCUUCCUCCUUUUCUCCUUCGGUUUUCCUUCUCCCUUUCGUUCUCUCCUCCUUAAUGCUUGUGUUCAUUUGUUGCGACAGCCACCUGCACCCCGUCGCUGCCGCCAACCAACCAGCACCGGCCGUUGGCCCCUUCCCUUCUCCUUCGCGAAGCAUCAACACUCCUCCUUUUCUUUCUCCUCUGCGUGCGUUUCCUCCUGCUUGCACCACCAGCCACCUUCGGUCACCCUGCUGCGCCACCACCCAUCGCCGCGCUGCCACUGUGGCAUCGCCGUGCUGCUGCACCAACCGCCGUCAGCUCUUCCUCCCUUCACUUUUUGGCGGAGAAUUCUCUUUAGGCGACUUUUGAAAGUGUUAAAGUGGCCUAUUAGUUGUUUAUGCAAGUCUCUAAGGAUCAAUAAGCGUUGCCCAUCUACAGGUUUGAAGAUGAUGCACCAUUGGGAUCGGGAUUAGAGAGCUUGUUGUUCUAUUUGUUUACUUGAGUGAUUUAAUUUGUUAACUUGGAUUUGAAAUUUGUCGUACUAUUCGUAUUUCCUUAUUUCAGUUAAUUGGUUUGGACCUAAUAUGUAAUAGAUUAUUUAUGAACCUAAAAGUUAGUUUUAUGUUUUCCGCUGCAAAAUUCUGAAUAAGCCGUUACGUUUUUACA